GUCUUCACAGCCGCUUUGAUUUCUACACGUCCUCACAUUUUCAACGAACAUUUUUUUCUGCUCUGAUGACGGAGCACGACGACACACCCCGGCUGGAGCUGGAGACGGUUUUGGGCUACAGCGGCAACAUUCCUGGUAGCUUGAUCGCCCAUCCAGACCAGCGCCACCUGCUGUACGCCCUCGGCGCGUGCAUCGUGAUUCGCGACGUGGACGACGCGCACGGCUCUGAGUUUUUCUACGGACACAACGACAAGAUCAGCUGCCUCGCCGUAAGCCGUUCCGGCCGCUACGUCGCCUCGGGACAGGUCACCCACCCCGGAUUCCAGGCAGAUGUCUGUAUCUUCGAUUUUGCGGAGCGACGCUUAAUUCACCGCAUGCUGCUGCACAAGGUGAAGGUCCAGGCACUCGCCUUCUCGACGGAUGAGAAGUUUCUCGCCUCCGUCGGCGGACCGGAUGACAACACCGUUGUCCUAUGGGACGUGGAGACGGGCCGGCCACUUUGCGGAGCCCCGGCGCACCACACCGAAACGAAAGCCGUCGCGUUCUUCAACAACAACUCGGAGAAGCUGAUCACCGGCGGCGUCGGUUCGCUGCGUGUGUGGACGGUAGACCUCGAGAGCCACAAGAUGAGCGCGGUGGACAUUAACAUGGGCAACAUGCGGCGCAGCGUAGAGACGAUCGCGGUGGAGAAAACAGACAAGUACGCCUACUGCGGCACUACCUCCGGUGACGUGAUCUGCGUGCAGCUGCAGGAGUCGAACGUUUUCAAGAUGCAGGGCCCACAGAAGAAGCUGUCCGGCGGCAUCCUCUCGACUAUCUUGACACCGUCUGGUGAUGUGCUGGUGGGCAGCGGCGCCGGUGAACUGCAGCUGCUGUCGAAGAUUAAUCUCACGGUGCAGAACCGCGCCACAGUAAACGGCGGCGUGACGGGGCUGGCGGUGGUGGGGGACGACUACUACAUCGGCACGCAGACGAGCAACAUGUACUUCGUGAAUGGCGGCAACUUCAUGACGCGGCUGCGUCUGACGUGCCACAACGAGGCUGUCCAGGACGUUGUCUUCCCGACCGGGUUUAGCGCGGUCUUCGCCACUUGCUGCGGGACGGACAUCCGUGUCUGGAACGCGAACUCGUGCACGGAGCUGAUACGGAUUGAGAUCCCCGACCGCACGUGCAACUGCCUGCAGUUCAGCCGCGACGGCUCCCUCAUCAUUUCCGGCUGGAACGACGGCCGGCUCCGCGCCUUCGGUCCGCAGUCCGGCAAACUCGUCUUCUCCGUGGCGGACGCGCACAAGGUGGAGCAGGGCAGCCGCAGCCACAAAGUCGGUGGCCGCGUCGGUGUCACGGCGGUGUGCGCUGACAACGGUGGGGAGCGCCUCGUCACUGGCGGCUCCGACGGCCUCGUGCGGGUGUGGGCGGUUGUCGGGACGAUGUGCUCGCUGGUCGCCUCCAUGAAGGAGCAUAAGGCGGCGGUGAACGCGAUCGCCAUAUCGCACGACGACACCGAGUGUGUGACGGCGAGCGAUGACGGCAGUUGCAUUGUCUGGGACCUCAUCCGCCACCUCCGGCGCAAUAUCGUGUACCGCCAGACCUACUUCCGCGCGGUGGAGUACUACGUGGAUGAGAGUCAGCUACUGGCCUGUGGCAGUGACAAGUGCAUCACCUACUGGGAUUCGGUGGACUGCCACGCCAUUCGCGAGGUGCCGGGCAGUCGCACUGCCGAGCUGAACUCGCUGUCCCUCUCACCGGACGGCCGCUUCUUCGUGACGGGCGGUAACGACCGCAUUGUGAAGGUGUGGGACUACGACCGUGGAGAGUGCAUCGCAGUUGGUGUGGCGCACAGCUGCAGCAUCACGAAGGUGCGCGUCUCGCCGGACGGCAAGAAGAUUGUGUCGGUUGGCGAUGAGGGUGCCGUGAUGGUGUGGAACGUAGGGGAACUGAACGUUGAGGCUUUGUAG